AUGCAGCCCAACCAUUUCCACACCUCUACCACCACCUCGGUGCAGCAGCAACAACCAUGGGGCGCUCCCUUUCCCUCGUUGCACAUGUGGCCACUACACGAGACGUUCAGUAUGAAGAUGCUGUAUCUCCCGGAAUCACAACGUAUCAAAAUUGGACGACAAACGAACGUCAAGACUGUCCCGAGCGAGCGGAAUGCCUUUUUCGACAGUAAAGUCCUGUCGCGUCUGCAUGCGGAGGUUUGGGAGCAAGGGGGAAAGAUCUAUAUCAAAGAUAUCAAAUCGUCCAAUGGGACUUUCAUCAAUAAUGAGAGGUUGUCGGCGGAGGGGUUGGAGAGCGAGCCGUUUGAGCUGAAGAGUGAGGACACGGUCGAAUUCGGGAUAGAUAUCGUUUCGGACGACAGCAGGACAAUCAUCCACCAUAAAGUCGCUUCCAAGGUAUACUGCGUCUUCAAUGCCGAAGAUGCAGCUAUCAGCGCCAGGGAGAUGGCGCAGUAUCAGAACCAGAAUCGCCGGCAUGCUCCAGUCGGACCCCAGGCCGGUCCGUCCGUCCCCAUCGCCAUGAGCUCUGGCGGUAAAGCCAAUGGUCUGAGCUUUGACCAUGUCAUGCUCAAGCUGCAGACGGAGCUGGCGAGGAGUAAAGAGACGGGGACGGAGUUGCAAGAGUUGACGGGGAGUAUGGGCGAUAUUCAGGAGACGCUGGGCGGGGGUUUGCCUCCAGCGCAGAAUGGAAUGGCGGCGCACCUCAUCCCUCCCCAAUUCCGCUCCAACUCGGCCGAGGCCAAAGCCGCACUCGCCGGUCCGCACGGACAACAAGCCGCCGCGUUCAUCGCCCUGCAAAACCAACUUACCGAGACUCAAUCUUCCCUCAAUGCGCAUAUCGACCGGAUCCGCGGUCUCGAGACCAGCUUGCACCAGUCCGAGUCGGUACGGUCCGAAGUGGCGACGCUUAGGGAGCAGAUGGAGGGGACGAAGCGCGAGAUGGGCAUGUUACUUGCCGAGAACCGGGGGCGGAGCUUUGCGCGCCGGACGACAGAAGAGGAGGAUGACGAUGAUGAUGCGCGAAGCGUGAUGACUGUUAUGGAUAAUAGGGAGGAGGAGGAUCUGCGGCGCGCAGGGAAGAGGGAGGUGAAUGGACAUGGACAUGGACAUGGAGACGGCAAUGGAAAUGGUGGCGCUGAAGAGGAUGGGGAGCCGACUCGCGACAGUCUUCAGGAGAUGUCGAAUCGAAACCAGGAACUCGCGAGUCGGGUCCAGACGCUUUCGGUCGAACUGUCGCAAGCGACCCAACUGUCCCAACACCUCCAGGCUCAGCACGACGAGGCGAUGGCUGCGCUCGGAACACUCUCCACGCGCAUCGGAUCGCUCGAAACGGGCCUCAAAGGGCGGAUUGCCGAAGCGGUCUCGGAGUCGGACCGGAAGUGGGAGACAUGGCGGACGCACGUGGAGGAUGGGUGGAAGAAGGAGCGUGAGAGCUGGGAGGCGGAACGGGAGCGACUGCGCAGCGUCGUGCGUGAUUGGGAAGAGGCGAGUCGGCGUGCGAAUGAAGAGGUGGAGGAUCGAGCGUUGAAUGAGCGGUUAAGCGGGGAGGAGUUGGAAUUCUCGGAUGAAGAUGCCGAGCUGGAGAGAUCGGCGGCCGGGGUUGUGGGUGGGAAGAUGAGGGGAGGAGGUCGAGGGGGACGCAAGACGAAAAGAAGACGACCGAGCCAUAAGACCAGCCUGGCGCUGCGUGCGCUCAGAGACGUGUCGGGCAUGGAGGGUCAGUCGACGCCUACGCAGCAGGCGGUGCCGCUGCGACCGGAAGAUGGGGAGCGGACGGCUCAGCCAGAGAAGGAAGGGGAUGAGGGGUCGGCUUCGGGUGGAUCGGACGAGUCGACGCAGAGUGGGAAAGAGUCGGUGGAUACUUUGAGGGAUCGGGAUGCGGGCGGGAAGCGGGUGAGUGCGCAGAGGGUAGAUAACAGGCCGAAGAAUGUGAAGAAGGCUGUACCUAUCUUUACGGUGUUUGUGGUGGCUGUGGUAGCUGGGGCUAUAUACCUCAGGCACAAGGAUUAA